AUGUCUUCAAGAACAGGACUCGUCCUCGCCGUCAAUGCAGGCUCGUCGUCGCUCAAGAUAUCUCUCUACGAGCUUCGAGAAAGUCCAACGCCGUGUCUGUUACUCACGUCUUCAAUUUCAAACAUCACUGCUCCACCUGCCAAAAUCUCCUUCAAGCUCGUCUCGACGGAACCUAAGAAUACUGUUUCCAAUGUCCCGUCCAUCACCGACCAUGCAUCCGCCUUUGCCCAUUUCCUGCAUGUGCUCCAGGGUGAAACAGACAUCGACAAAGACGCCAUUGUGAAUGUCUGUCACCGCGUUGUUCAUGGCGGGGAUUACAGUGAUCCUGUCGUUAUCAGCGAUGAGACCUAUCAUCAUAUUGAGAGGCUCACUGAUCUCGCACCAUUACACAACGGUGCUGCUCUUACAGUCAUCACUUCCUGCAUCUCUGUCCUUCCCAACGCUAACUCUAUCGCGUUCUUUGAUACGGCCUUCCAUCGCUCAAUACCGCCUCAUAUAGCCAGUUAUGCCAUCAACCAGGCCAUAGCCACGAAGCGAGGUCUCAAAAAGUAUGGUUUCCAUGGACUUAGCUACUCCUUCAUACUUCGAUCCGUCGCGGAGUUUCUGAGCAAGCCUCCGACGGAGCUCAACCUCAUUGUCCUUCAUCUCGGCUCAGGCGCGUCAGUGUGCGCAAUAAAGAACGGUUUAUCGUACGACACAUCUAUGGGGCUCACACCACUUAACGGCCUUCCGGGAGCAACGCGUUCGGGUGCCAUUGAUCCCAGUCUCAUCUUCCAUUACACAAAUAAAGCCGGAAGAAUCAGUCACGACCCUAAGCUCGCAACGCAGGUGCAUGUCACGCAAGCGGAAUACAUCCUGAACUCCCAAUCAGGAUGGAAAUCUCUUACAGGGACAACUGAUUUCGGGCUUGUUACCCGGCGGGCGAAAGAGGGCUCGGAGGUUGACCAGCUUGCGUUCGAUCUUUUCAAAGACCGUAUCCUCAAUUACCUUGGGUCUUAUCAUCUGAAGCUCAACGGUUGCGUUGACGCAAUAGUCUUUGCUGGUGGUGUCGGCGAGCGUAGCGUGGAACUCAGAGCAGUUAUCGCGGAUAAAUUAAAAUGCUUAGGCUACUAUGGCGUUAGCGACGACAAUGGGAACGUUGAUAGCAAGGCUGAUCAGGUCGUGAUCGAUAUCAGCAAGGGGACCCCAGAAACAAAGCGCAUUUUGGUAUGCCGUACAGAUGAGCAGUUUGAGAUGGUGAGACAGUGUGUUCGCAAUGACAAGUUUUGGCUCAGCGAAUGA